GGCGGGAAAUCCCCGCGCCUCCUUCCUGUCCGCCGCCAUCGUCAGCGUGACCUCGUCAUGACGGCAAAAGUGGCGGAGUUACGGGACGCUCUCGAAACCGCUCUGAGGCGGGAUCCCGGCCAACCUACGCCGGCCGAACUGUCCGGUUUGGUGGCGAUACCGCUCCCGCCUCCCGUUAAAUGCCGGCGGGUGGAGGCGGCCCGGUUGCUGCGGGACAACCUGUGCCCGGAGCCCGGCGGGGCGCUGGCGGGGCUGGGGGCGCUGCGGACGGCGCUCAGCAUCCUGGAGAAGUACGGGCGGAACCUGCUGCAGCCCCGGCUGCCCCGGCACUGGCGGGCCGUGCGCUUCGGGAACCCCGUGUUCAGGGGCACCGUGGGUGCCGUGCGGGGGGGCCGGGGGGUGCUGCGCCUGUUGGGGUACACGGAGGAGACGGGGGAGGGGCUGAGCUUCCCCCCGGGGGCGGGGGCACCCCACGGGCCCCGCGUGGCCGCCGUCACCGCUGACGUCAUGCUGCUGCGCGCGGAGCUCGACCUCCUGAUGGCCAACCAGCACCCCAACCCCCAGUUCUUCACCGACAUCCUGGCGGGGGGGGCCGAGGAGCGGCUGCUGCCCGACGCGCUGCCAGCGAUGGACGGGGCCGGCGCCGCAGGCCGGCCCCGCCCUGACCACGCCCCCUGCUGCCCGGCCCCGCCCCCGCAGGGGGACCCCAGCUCAUCCCCCCUGUGGGCGCACGGCCUGUGGCAGGGCCCCCCCCUCGCCGUGGGGCAGAGCCCCCCCCUCGCCGUGGGGCAGAGCGCGCCCCAUAGCGCAGGGGGGGGCCCCGACGCGGGGGGCUGGGCCUGCGCCUCCUGCACCUUCCUCAACCCGGGGCCCAGCGUCCUCUGUGGGGUCUGCGACCGCCCCCGCCUGGCCCGCCGCCCCCGGCCCCCCCCGCAGGGCUGGCAGUGCCCCCACUGCACCUACUGGAACGAGGGCUCGGGGCGGGCGUGCGACGUCUGUCACCGCGCGGCAGGGGAGGCGAUGACGACGGCGAUGACGACGGCGAUGACAUCAACGGCGGCGGCGGUGACAGGGGAACCCCCGGCCCCUCGCCCCCCGGCCCGGGAAGAGGCGGAGCGGCGGCGGCAGGAGCGGCUGCGGGAGGACGGGCGGCGCCUCGUCGCCGUCGUCAGGGCGGCGGAGGCGCAGGGGGUGCCGGCGGAGGCGGUGGCGGCGGCGGCGCUGGCGACCAUGACGUCGGCGACGACGAUGACGGCGGCGGCGGCGGCGGCGGUGGGGCGCGCGCGGGCGGGGCUGGGGGCGGCGCUGGCGGCGCUGGCGGCGGCGGCGGGGCGGGGGGGGUCCCUGGGGGCCCUGUCCCUGCGGGAAGCCGCCCGCGCCUGGGCCCGUGCCCGCGGCCACCCCCAGCGCGCCAUGGAGGCCUGCCUGGGCGCCCGGAGGAGGCAGCUGCGGGCGCUGGCGGCGCUGGGGUUCGAGGAGCGGGAAGCGGCGGGGGCGGCCCUCUACCAGAACGGGGGGGACGUGUGGGGGGCGCUGGGCGACCUGCAGCGCCGGCGCCUGGAGCCCUUCCAGAGGCGGCUCUGGGAGCCCCAGCAGCCCCCCCUCGACUUCGAAUGCCCCGACCAGCAGGCGCUGGUGCGGCGGGUGCUGGCCACGCUGGGGGUGGCGAGCUGGGGCCGGGCGCAGCUGGUGGCCACCUUGGGCCGGGAACUGGGUUUGGGCCGAGCCCCUCGGGCGCUGGGCGACCUGGUGGAGGCCGUGGGCCGCUGUCCCGACCGCGCCGCCCUGCGUCGCCUCCUGCGCUGCGAGUGCGCGGUCUGCGGCUGGGGGCUGCCGCGUCAGCAGAUGCAAUGGCUGACGUCGUGCGAGUGCCCGCUCUGCCCCGAGUGCUUCCGGCUCCACUUCACCAUCGGGGUGAAGGAGCGGCGCGUGGGGGACCUGGUGUGCCCGGCCUGCGCCCGCCCCGACCUGGCCGACGAGGCCCAGCGCCUCUCCUACUUCUCCACCCUCGACAUACAGCUGCGGCAGUGCCUGGACCCCGACACGUACCAGCUCUUCACCCGCAAGCUGACGGAGCUGGAGCUCAUGAAGGACCCCAAGUUCAUCUGGUGCAUCCAGUGCUCGUUCGGGUUCAUCUUUGAGGCGGAGCAGGGCCCGGCCCAGUGCCCCCAGUGCCAGCAGCGCUUCUGCCCCCGCUGCCAGCGCCCGUGGGACCCCCAGCACGCCACCCUCUCCUGCGCCGAGUUCGAGGCCUGGCUGAGCGCCCGCGACCCCCAAGCGCCGCCCGUGGGGCUGGCCGCCUUCCUGCAGGAGCACGGCAUCGCGUGCCCGCAGUGCGGGGUGUGGUACGCGCUGGCCCGGGGCGGGUGCAUGCACUUCCAGUGCUCCCAGUGCCGCCACCACUUCUGCAGCGGCUGCUACGGCCCCUUCCACGCCAAGGACUGCUGCCCCGAGCGGGGCUGCCCCCUACGGGGGUCCCUCCACGGCCACCACCCCCGCGACUGCCUCUUCUACCUGCGGGACUGGGAGCCCCCCCGCCUCCAGCGCCUCCUCCAGGAAGGGGGGGUGCCCUUCGACACGGAGCCCCCGGCCGGAGCACAGCCCGUACCUGGAGGGGGCUGCGGGGUGCUGGAGCAGAAGGAGACGCCGGCGGGGCUGAGGGACGAGCCCUGCGGCAGGGAGGCGCCGCCGGGACAGGCCGGGCUCUGCCGGGGGCACUACACCGAGUACUUGGUGCGGCUGAUCAACGAGAACCGCUUGGACCCGGCGCGUCUUUACACUCCGGCCGAGCUGCGCGCCGCCGCGGAGCGCCACCUGCCGGCCGGGAGGCCUCCCCGAGCGGAGCAAGAAAGCGAAGACGACUACGGACUGCGCCUGCGCCGCCUGCUGGAGCGGGAGGCCCCGCUGGGGACACGCCCCCCGCGCCGCUGACCACGCCCCCCCCCGCCCUUCCCUCCGCUUCCUAUUGGCCAGAGCAAUAAACGCGAGCUCGGCCCCUCC